AUCAUUUUUAUUCAUAAUAUAUUUUACACAAUUUACAUAUAUCUUAUGAUUAACGUGUAUUUUAAUGUUAUAUGUAUAUGAAUCAGACGAUGACGCGUUGCAGGAGUUUUUGAUCGUGUUCCUUUGUUUUUCUUUUUCCGCUCUAUGCGCCGCAUCGUCCGUACACUACUGUCCGUCCUGAGAACGUCGGCCGUGUUCUCGAAAGUGCCUUCUCACGGGGCAUGACGCGUUCUAGCGUUCUGAUGUGAUUUAGGGAUAUCAUCAGGUGAGAUGCGCCCGUCAAUACGCGGCAUCAUCAUCGAGGGAUCUCCGCUCGACGUGGGGAUUCAACAUGGCACUCGCUCUUCUCCGUUGUACAGCAUUUAAUCAUUCGAGAAACGGAAGCGACGUGAACGCGCUAGACAGUGAUCGAAUAGAGGGAGGAAAGUGGGAGAGGAAUCACUGAGAAGUCAAUCGAUUUGCGCACCGAGAUAAAAUCGGGAGAAAUCGGUCGAGCUUUCGAAAUCCACGGACUUCCGCUCUGCCAUUAUGCGCGAAGACGAGUGAUCUGCCGUGCUCCGCGCGCAUCAUGGCGACGCUCAGCUGGUGAGUGACUCGGCUGCUGCUGCUGGUACGGGCAAGGGGCAGUGAGGGGUAUGUGACGGUCGCGUUUGGACGGCUACUGCGACGGCAUCUCGUUCAACCUCGUAUCUCGAUCGCGUUGGCCGAGAGAGAAAGAAAGAGAGAGAGCGUCGCCCGUUGACAUUGUGGAUGUUGCGCCGCGGAGAGCGGCGGUCCAGGUGAAAUGGCAAGGAGCACGGUCAUCGUGCGUGCGUCGAACGUCGUCGCUGUCGCGCUGUCGCCGUCGCCGUCGCCGUCGUUGCGUCUGCACGGAGCAGGGAGCCAGUAAGCACGUAACGGGGAAACGGGAUCGCGAUCGGAGUAAACGCGCGAAUGCGACGAGCGAGCGAUCAGCAGAGCUGACAGUUCGCCGCCAGUGAAGGAGAUAGUGAUAGAGAUAGAGAGAAAGAGAGAGAGAGAGGGAGGGAGAAAGAGAGAAAAAGAAAGAGAGUGAGACAAAGAGAAAGAAAGAGAAAGAGAUAGAGAGAGAACCAUGGGCAACUGCCUGAAACGCACUGGUGGCAAUCAACAGGACAACACCACCCUUUUGAGCAACAAUCCCGAGCCCGUAUCCACGAGCGGAUCCACGCAGGAGGGCCUUGGACCGUCGAUCCCCUACAACGUAAUUCACCAAACGUCUUAUUAUCCGUCGAUCGCCACGAGAGAACGUCACUUGCAGUCCACCAACUUGAACAUUGGCCGUGGAAUCGGAGUCAAUCUGGUCCAGAGCAGCGGCUCGGCUGGUUUAAGCGAGGAGGAACAACAAAUGAGGAUCGCAAAGCGCAUAGGACUGAUACAGCACUUGCCCAUGCGAGAAUACGAUGGUGCGAAGAAGGGCGAGUGCGUGAUAUGCAUGAUGGAGCUGCAGGUGGGCGAGGAAGUGCGUUAUCUGCCCUGCAUGCACACCUACCACGCGAUCUGCAUCGACGACUGGUUGCUGCGCUCGUUGACCUGUCCGUCAUGCAUGGAGCCGGUGGACGCGGCGCUAAUUAGCUCAUAUCAUCCGACUACUUAAUACCAGAAUAACGGGAGUUUCAUCGGUUUAACUCAACGGCGAAUAGGAAUUAAAUUACCAGGCUAAACGUGAACCGCAACCGAAGAGCGAGAGCGAGAGAGAAAGAGAGAGAGAGAGAGAAUGAGUGAGUGAAAGUGAGAGCGAGAGAAAGAGAAAGAGGGCGUCGCUACUUUUGCUAUAGAGCGUAUAAAGGUUUCUGGAUAGUAGAGAAAUCGCGUGUUAAUGGUCUGAUGUAUUUCGCCGUUAUAUAUAUAUAUAUAUGAUAUAUACUUGCGCGCGCGUGCUGUUUAAUAUAAUAAUCUCUACCAUAUACAAAGAACACACUCUCCCCCGUUAAAUUUGCAAGUAUUUUUUUUCUUUUUAGAUUGUUAUCUUCUAAGGAGGAUAACGAGGAGACUUGAAUUUUAAUUAAAUCCUAGUAAACAUCACAAUCCCAAAAUCUUUUUCCGUAGUAAGUUUUAAUUGCUUGUACAUUGAUUUCUUUCGUUAGAGAAGAAAUUUGAAGAUGCGGUUUAAUGUAAGAGUGCAAUAAAGCGUUGAGUAAGCCUCAUGUGCACCGAUAGGUAUAUAUAGUCGAAACAAUAAGUAUAUAUGUAUAUGCGUAGUAGGUAACGAGAUAAUAAGUGCGACAUGUGCGGAAAUUAUUAUGUCCUUUGUUUUUCUCGUGCAUCUUUGUGUAACACAUCUUCGUGUACGUUCUUUUUACGCGUGAAUGUUUGACGAACCGAUACAAAUAGCGUUUUCUUCUUUGCUCUUGCAUAAUCGUUUUAAUCACCUCCUCGAGUCCGAAUAUAACGUACCUAUUCUCGAGUAAAGUAAAUUAGUCGAUAAUUUCAUGCUUAAGAGAUAGAAUUUGUGAUUCUCGGAUGUCGAUUACACGCGUGCGCGAACCGGUGGUUUUUUUCUUUGUCCAAGAUUGCGCGGAUUGUAGUUUGCUAUAUUUUUGUGGCGAAAGAAAAGACUGUCCCUAUAACUCAUACAAUUUUAAUUUUUCUUGAUACCUCGCGCAAGUGUCGUUGCGUAAACCGCUUGUACCGCUUCUGACGCGACGCAAACAUUGAACAUUUUUCAUUUAAACAAUGUGUACAGAGAACGGUUUAUUGUGUGGACGAUAUUAGCGGUUUAUUAUACCGAUAGUGCAAGAAUAUGUAUAGCAACGAAUAAAAAGAGCAAACACAACGGUAAACAUAAAGAUGAAUGUGUGUGUUUGUGAGAGAGAGAGAAAGAGAGAGUGAGAGAAAAAUAAAAUGCGAUAAAUGAUCCACAUUGUUGAACACUACACACUAAUUAAUGGGCUACGUAACUUAGAUUCUGUUGUUAAUUUAGUGAAGCUUGUUGAACUAACUCUUGCUGCGGUUACAGUAAAGCAGUGGACAUUUACCGUUCCGCUUUUAAGUAAAACUUUACAGAGGUAUGUACAGGUCUCGCGUAGUUUCGUAUAUAUCGGUGUAUAAUAUGCGAUAAAUAGUUUUUACCGAUUUGGAGCAAAGCAAAUUGAAUCGAACAGAGAAAGAGAAGAGAAGAACGCAAUUAAACGUUUAAUUCAUAUAAAAAGAGGGUGAAAAACUUAAUAAUACGGUACCACUAAGUUUUCGUUUUAAAUGGGAAAAUGAUGCUGUGAAAUAGUGAUUUAUUGACGAAGUACAGAGGUAUAUAAAUAAUGAUUUAAUACGCAAAUAUAAAUAUUUAAUAAGAAAA